AUGAGUGACACCGGCCUCUACUCGCUGAACGAUAUGGACCUCUGCGCUGUACCAGUUCCAGAUAGACCCUCGUCAACAAAGAAAAACCGAGGAACAACAAACAAGACUCCCCCAAUUAUUGAUAGGGACAAGAGUCAACUCCCGGCACAGUUGGAGACCAAACCCCAGCAAGCCAUCACCAUCGCAGUGUCCUCCAGGACACUCUUCAACAUGUCUGAUGAAAGGGCUAUCUAUGAGUCUGAUGGGUUGGAAUCGUAUGUGAAAUACCAGCUGGAUCACGAAAAUGAGCCGCUCAGGAAAGGAUUGGCUUUCGCCUUGAUGAAAGCAUUGGAGACCGUUAACUUUCGAUUACAUGAGCUUUAUCCUGGCAGUGAUGAAAUAUUUGAUAUAGUUCUGAUGACUAACAACCAUGCCCAAGUAGGAGUGAGACUGAUAAACAGCAUCAAUCACUAUGGCUUGGCAAUUGAAAGAUUUUGUAUGACGGGUGGAACAAGUCCUGUCAAUUAUCUCAAGGCAUAUCAUACCAACUUGUACCUUUCAUCAGAUCCUAUGAAAGUUGCAAAUGCAUUAAAUGAAGGAAUUGCAGCAGCAACAAUGUGUCACCUUGACAAAGAAGCACAACUUUCUGAGAAGCAACUAAGAGUGGCAUUUGAUGGCGACUCCUUUGUACAGCAAGACCAGGAUGAGAGAAGUGCACAGAGUUACAUGCUAUCAAAUUCGCCCUCUAGUCCUGAGUCAAAGUUAACAUCACAGGGCGUCCUCAUAGGAUUUCUGGAAUCACUCGGAAGACUCCAGAAAAAGUUUUAUGCCAAAAACGAACGUUUGAAUUGCCCAAUCCGAGUAUACUUGAUCGUAAAAAAAGGCGGUUCAGCUGUUGGAUUAAAAGCUUUGAAGACGAUUCGUUCCUGGGGGCUGGAUGUUGAUGAGACAUUCAUCCUUUCUGGCUUAUCAGCAGCAGAACUUCUAAACAAAAUAGGCCCUCAUAUUUACUUUGAUGAACAGAUGCUCCAGCCAUCAAGUGCUGCAACCAUUGCACAAUGCAAGGCACGUUGA